CUCAAUUCAAAAAGUUCAGAGAGUAGUAAAUUUAUUGAACACCAUCCCUCCAAAAAUUCGCCCUUCUAGUUUUCGAUGGAAGAGCUAUUUAUUACCGUUGAACAGCAGAAAAAGAGCGGGUAAAAAACUGGCAUGUGCUUGAAUACACUACCAGGCCUAAUUAUCUGAUUUACCAUGGCCAACGAAAUCGAAGAUUGGAAACAGAAAGCAGGCAGUGUUUUACCUCCCUGUGCAAUAGGCACUGAAACUUGUAACAGAGUUCAUGGCAAAUGUAAUGAUAACCAGAGCUCUGAGGGGUAUUCCUACUUCUUCAAAGUCAUGCUCGGAGAUUUUGCACAAAAACUGCGUAUACCUCCUGCAUUUGUUCAUAUGCUCAGUAACGAGACUGAUGAAGAUAUAGCUUUGGAAGGCCCAACCGGCCACCAGUGGCUCAUAACUUUAUGGCGUGCAAGUGCAGAAAUGGAAUUUCGAGAGGGUUGGGGAAGAUUUGUGAGCGAUCAAAGAAUUGAGUUGGGUGAUUUUCUGGUGUUCAAGUAUAUUUGUAGGUCGCAUUUUCAAGUUAAGAUAUUUGGAAGAAGUGGGUGUGAGAAAAAGGUUACUGUUUGUGAAUCUGAGAAGAACCACUCUGAUUUACAGUAUAAAAGAAGCCCUGCCACUCCUAGUACUGGUAAUGUUAAUUGGAGCUUUCAUCAACCCAUCAAGAGCAAGGUUCCAAUCAGAUUGGUUUUUGGUGAGGAAGAAAAAAAUGUUCAAGCAGGAGCAGUCCCCAAAGCUAAAUCCUCUUCUAGAGGGGAACGUAAGAAGAAUGUUAGACGUGGCCAGCCAAUUGUUGCUGGAAAGAAGCACUCGACGCCGAAAUCUGCAGGGCCCGAGACUGAACAAAAAAGUUAUGUAGGAGCUUAUUAUGUUUCUUGUAGGCGUCCUGUUACUGAAGCAGAAAAAAACAAGGCUGUCCAGGAGGCUAAUUCUUUCGCAUCUGAUAAUCCCUUCCAUUUACUAGUGAUGAGGCCUUCUAAUGUGUAUCAAGGAUUUUGGCUUAAUAUACCAAGAGUAUGUGGAGAUCGUCUCCGGUUACCAAGACAAAGAACAGAAUUGACUCUUGUGGAUCCCAACAAUAAGGAAUGGGAUGUAAAAUACUUGGGGGAUCGCUCUAGACCAGGCCUGAGUGGAGGUUGGAAAUAUUUGUCAAUUGAUAAUAAUCUUGAGCAGGAUGACGUUUGUAUCCUUGAGCGGAUAGAUGAGAGCAAAAUAAAAUUUAAAAUCAGAGUCCAUAUUUACAGGGUUGUCAAAAUUUGUACACCAUACAAGAGGAUGGAAGGUAAAGGAAUAAGUGAUAGCAUUGCAUUACCUAAAAAGCACUCUAAGAAGAAAAUGAAAGUCUCAAGGGAAGGUUUUGCGUUUUAUUCGUCAGCAAAAGUGGUGAAACACAAGCAAGUGAAAAAAGAGAAGGCUAGCAGUGGAAGCAAUUUUCAUAAACGGGCUGAAUCAAAAUGCACCCCUUCUAAAUCAGAGAGGAAAGCAGAUUAUAAAAAAAGCCCAAGACCUAAUGGAAUAUGUAAUUUGUUAGGUUCACCAAAAGAGCUGAUGUAUUCUGCAUUGUCUGCAAAUGGACAACAAUCAGUUGGCUGGGAUACAAUUAUCCUGUCAAAAAAGACUGCUUCUCUGGAUGAUUUCAAUGGUGAUGACAAAAAAGGCAUGGAGAUUGUUUGGCAUAGUGAUGCUGCAACGCAUACAAUGCCUCCUAACAAUGUGGCAUUAAUUCCAUCUCAGGAGUCCAUGCUUGAAGGGCCCUUGAUAAAUUCAAUUAUUCCAGUACCUUAUCUGGAAUAUGAAGCUCAAUUGUCACCAGAAGCAGCCACUUCUCUUGUUGAUAUGAAUGACGAAGAAAAUUGCAGAACUGUUUCAGGAUAGAGAAACAAUACAGGAACCUCAUCUAUUCCCACAACCCUGUUGAUGAAGGAUCUUUUGACAGCUGCUUCAAUAGUUGAGGAAGCAAAUCAAGAAACCCAGAAGCGGCAACUUCUUCUAUUGAUACGGAUGCAAAAACAAACCUGGCAUCAAGUUCAAAAGGUAAUGUGGCAUUGGACACCUGAGCAUAUUGAAGCGGACAGCAAAUAUAGGCAUGGACUGCAGUGGUAUUAUUUCAUUAGAGCAUAGAAUGUGAUUUCCAUAGUUUAGUAAACUUUUUUGACAUUGUAACCUGAAGCAACUGUCUGUACUUGAAAUAAAUUACAAACUGAGAAGCAAAAUUUGGAGUUCGGUCCAAGGGAAACAAAUUUUUAAUAUCAUGUAGUGCUAAUCUGAAGCAAGUUCUUUCUAUAGUUAUUUGAAUGAGCUUAUUCAAUUUU